AUGGACGCGCUGACGCCGCGCUCGCGCCAGGCGGCGCUGGAGGCCGGCUUGGCCGACCAGGAGGCGCCCCGGUCAGCUCGGGCCGAGGAGGAGGCGGCCACCGCGGCAAUGCGUAAGGAGGUGCUGCUCGCGGCGGCGCGCCCCUCAUCGCGCUGCGCCUCGCCCUCGGCCUUUGGCGCUGCGGGUGUGCAGGGCAUCAAUCUCAAGCAGAUGGCCGCACGCGCCGCGUCGCCGCCGCCGCCUUUGCGCGGCAGCCGCCCUGGCACGCCCCGCGGCGGUGCCCCCGCCGCAAGGGAGGGCGCCGGGCUCAGCCACAGGUCACCUCGGCAGGACGACCAGACGCCGCGCCGUAUGGCGUCGCCCGCCCUCGCGCCGGCGGCCCUCGGCAGGGCCAGCGGCGCACACGACGAUGGUGGCGCUUCUGAGGAUGAGCGCUCAGACAGCGGCGAGCCCGGGGCUGCGGGGCAGCCUGCUGCGGCGCCCGUGGCGCCGAUCGCGCGUGCUCAGCCGGUGCUGCAGAUUGACGCCCCGCCCGAGGGCCCCGCUUCGCCGGCCGCGCCGGCCGCGCGCGAGUCUGGGGAAGGCGAGGCCGCGGCCGCGAUGGCGACCGCCUCGAGCCUCGGCUUCUGGCGCACGCGCAGCAGCGGGCUGGCGCCGACCCUGAGCCUGACGGGCGCGCCGAUCAACCCGCGGCGCAUAACGGGGCCUGGCGGGCUCACGGCCGCCGAGAUUCUGCUUAUGGACGCGCGCCGCCCAUCACGGGCCGACGACGACGAGCUCAUGUGGGCGCACGGCGGCGGACAUGGCGCGCUGGCGGCGACCUCGGUGGACCCAAUAACGGAGGAGGCGGCGGUGGCCGGGAUCUUCGGCGGUGACGUUGCCCCGGAGGCGGCCACGCACCCGCCCGCAGCCGUCGCGCACCCGCCCGAGGUUGCGGCGCAGCCACGCGUGACAAUUGCAGCGCGCAUCAAGCGAUACGCGCAGCCAGCUGUCAUUGUGGCACUGUCGGUUGCGCUGAUCGUGACGAUGGUCUUCACGUUUGCACCGGCGCUCGCCGCGCUGACUGGAGGCGCAGCCGUGGCCGCACCCACCGCUGCCGCUGUGGCAGGCGGGUCUGCGACCGCGGCCGCAGCGGCAACAGGCACUGCGGCAGCGCUGGCCAGUGGUUUUGCUGUGGCGCCGCUGGUGGCGGAUGUCAUUGGAUUUGUGGGAGCACAGAACCCGGCAUGGCUGCAGCCCGGCCUAGACCCCAGCAAGCUGUCUUCGGGGCCGCCCACUGCGGCGCAGUGCGCCUACUUGGCAGCGAUGCCGGCUGUGCAGUACCUGUGCACGGGCACUGUGACCGGCGGCGUCAAGUUCAGCUGA